UUGCCCGCCCAGGAGAAACGCGGGAACCCGCUGACCUUCCUGCUAGUCCUAAACUCCGGGCACAUGGUCCCGCUCGACCAACCGCGCGCCGCCCUGGACAUGCUCAAGCGGUUCCUCUCUGGGGACGCGUUUUCCGACGGCGAGCAGACCCUUGUCAGCGUCGGGCCCUGCCACCCCGGCGACGAAGAUUGCGACGAUGCGGAACUCCCCGCCGACUUCCACCCCGCCGUCGCGCUCGUCCCCGGUACCGGCGGCGGCGGCGGCGGCGGCGGUGGCGGCGGAGCAACCCCGCCCGCUCCGAGGGUCGUAGGCACGCCCGUGGUGCGGCGGGACUCGGCCGUCGUGGAGUUUGUGCCCGGUGACGAGCAGGACGGGGCAGGAGGGGCUUCGCUUGCCGCUACCGGCGGCGCCGGCGGCGCCGGCGAGGCUGCGGUCGUCUUGUUCGAGGUGCGCAGCAGCCCGGACGGGCUCGUGGGAACCGGCCCAACGUCGCCAGUGGUUGUGGAGGGGCUCACCCCCGGCAGGACGUACACGUUCGCCGUCACCGCUGUCUACGCGGAGGCGGGGGCGGCGGCAGGCGAGGGGGGCGGGGCGCGCUCGGUCCCUUCGGUGGGGUCCCCGGCGGUAACCCCGGGCUGCGGCCAAGACGGCGGUGGCGCGUGCGGCGGGCGCGGAUCGUGCAGGGAAGGAGGGCACGAGGGCAUCUGCGUCUGCGAAAACGGGUACGGCGGGGACGUGUGCGACGUCCUGUUGGCGGCCGGCGGCGGGCUGAAGGGCGGCGGCGGCGGCGGCAGCAGCGGGGGGUCGUUCGUCGGUCCGGACGGGUACGCGGGUGAUAUCAAGCUCUUGCUGGAGGACGACAUCCCUAUGCUCAAGAGCACAGCAGCGACGUGCAACGGGUGCGGCGUGGGGAUACAGUUUUUCCUUCGACCUGGGUCGUUCCGAGACCCUGAGUUCGUCCUCGCCAUCAGAACGCCGCGGGUGCUACCGCCUUCUGACGGAAACACCGAGAACGGGGAUGUCAUCCCGUCUUCUAGAAUAGCGGCGUUGGAUGAGCAAGGGGCGGCGUUUUCGGCCCUGCUGCGAUCAGACGUGGGCCAGGCGCUCGGAGUUUCGAUGAACGUGGUCGAAGUGGGAGGCGUUACUCCGGCCGGGGAGACGCUGGUGGACUGGGGAACUUGGGAGCAGUGGGGAACGGGGGCGUUGAACGUGUCCGUGGUGGUCGAUAGCGACGCGCCAGAGGAGACGGGCAGAAGGCUGCUGUCGGCGUGGAACGAGCCAUCAUCUCGGCUCCACGCGGGCACGAUAACGGGACUCAUCGACUUCUCAAGGGGAGCGAAAGUGACCGCGGUGGUGUUGUCGACCGCCGCCUUCUCCCGGAAGGGCGGCACCGCUGCCAACGACUUCAAUGGUCCCACUCUCCUCGCCACGUUCCUGUACGUGAUGUGCUUCGCCCUGGCCAUUCCCGCCUGCGGGGUAUCGCGGCGCUUCUGCUCCCGAAGAAGACAAGGCAACAGCUUCAGCAGCAACGCGGGCUCUAGUGCGAGUAGCGGGGCUCGUUCCGAUGGCGUCAAGAGGCGCGGGUGGCGGUCGCCGCGCCGGACGGGGGGCCCGCGGGGGGGAGGGGUGGAGGGGGCGGAUCUCCAGGAAAUUGUGCCGUUGGCGGCAGGGGAGGGGGACGGGGCGGAGCGGAGUCGGAGAGAGCGUACCAGAGUUUGAAAGCCGGUGUUGAUUACUCGUCCUUUUUUUUUAUGGUGGUAGUCGUGACGUACCCAUGGUGUGUUGAGUGUGAGGAUUUUCGUUCGUUUUCUUUUGUUUGUAUAUUGUGGUCUCCACCGCAAUGGUGGGGUGUUUGCGAAGUCUUGGGUGGUCUACCUCGGGAUCAACCACAAUGUGCUGCUGUUGUCCAUCUCCGUAUGCAUUGCUCUCUUUCGACAUAUGUGCAUCCUAUGUAUGCAUAUGCUGUAGACAUUGCCGUCCCUGUGGACCGCUUGUGAAGUUACAAAUCAUUCGCG